CGCGAUUGGACAGAGGACGCCAGAAUACGUCACGCAGUCCAUUGUUUUUUGCACCGUCCAUAAAGUGCCCGGGUCAGUGGAUUAUAAGCAUUGAGAGGAGAAGGUAACCCCAAUCGUUGUUUGUUGGUUGCAGACGAGAAAUUAAUUAAUAUUUCAUAAACUACAGGAGUCUGUUUAGUCAGCCUUCAGUUUAAAACUUUUCUACUGCUAUCUACUGGAUCAAGACACCGGAAAAAGGACUCGAUGGUAAUUGCAUUUAUUAUUUUGUUGAAUGUUUUUUUGGACUCGACUUCUUUUUGACUCUAUCGAAUUCUAUUUUUCAAAAUGGUUUAUAGGCUAAAUAUUUUUUGACAAAGGGGUGAGGGGUAGGGAGGAAAGCACGUACACAUAAGGGAAGGGGGUAACGAUAAAGGGGUGGGUGCACAAAAGGGUGGCGAGGGGCGUCUCAUUUUAUUUUUUUGCGUAAGUGGUUUAUGGAUGGCCCAAACUAGAAAUCAUUUGAUUAAAAUGAACCAGAGAUAAAACUCACGUUGUUUACAUUUGACGGUAACUAGAAGGAAAAUAUUUAGAGAAACUUUUGCUAAAUUCUUCGUGUUUUUUUUUUAUUGUAAUCAAACUUUCUCGAAUAGAUCAGCGAUAGUGGACUUACACCAAGUGGGCUUAACAUAUAGAUCAGGUGUGGUGAACUUAUACCCAGUGGGGCUAACAUAUAGAUCAGCCAUAGUGGAAUUACAUCCAGUAGGCAUAUUCAUAUAGAUCAUUCAUAGUGGAAUAAACUCAGUGGGCUUAACAUAUAGAUCAGGUAUGGUGAACUUAUACCCAGUGGGCCUAACAUAUAGAUCAGGUAUGGUGAACUUAUACCCAGUGGGGCUAACAUAUAGAUCAGCCAUAGUGGAAUUACAUCCAGUAGGCAUAUUCAUAUAGAUCAUUCAUAGUGGAAUAAACUCAGUGGGCUUAACAUAUAGAUCAGCCAUAGUGGAAUACAACAAAACAAGCUUGGAGGCAUCCGCUAGAUCUUGUACUCCCCUCCCCAACCCAUGUCCGCUUUUAGCUACGCCUCCCCCCCCCCGACGCCCACAUACACACUUUCUCUGCAGACCUCCUUUAUGUACGACCCCUAUGCAGAGAUCGGCCACCCCACGACACCUCACGACAUCCCACGACAUCUCAGGCGGUGCGAGAUUUUCAGAAGGUGAGCUCUGCUUUGAGUUUUGAUGACGGUGGACCAGUACAAAAAAGACGAUCUGGCUCCUUUUGUUUAGUACAUGGGAUUUUAUCGUUUUUUUGUUUGUUUUUUUUUCUAUCAACAGAUGAAUCGGGCACCCCACUCCUAAUGUUUGCGCUCAGGGCAAAUGCUUCAAACCCCUUCGUAUGGCCCUGAUAUCAUCUACUUUUCAGGUUUCAAACGAUAAGAAAACGAAAAAAAAAAAAAAAAAAAAAAUUUCAAGAAAAAACCCAAAAAAAAAAAAAAAAAAAAAAAAAAAAAAAAUAAAAAAAAAACACACAACCCCCAUCCACAAAAAAAAAAAAAAAAAAUUUCGAGUACUAACCCCAAAACCUAAAAAUAAAUUAAAAUAAGAAAAAUUAAAAAAAACACCCCCCCCCCCCCUUCCAAAAAAAAAAUAAAAAAUAUAUAUAUAUUUAUUUUUUUAAAUUUAAAAAAUUGUUUACUUAAAGAAAGUCAAAGAAGACACAACGCUCGAUCUAUAUAUAAACUAAGAUAGUUAACAUUAGGCUUAACAAAUGAACACAAAGAUUACGAAUAAAAAAAAAAACUACAUAAAAAUCUUUUCUAUAUUAGUCUAAGUCAGUUUCACAAAGUAGAAAUUAAAAUAUCGAUGCUGGUAUAUUUCUAUUAUUAUUUGAUUAUAAUUUCUUACAACAUUUACGGAAGAGUCUUUAAAAACAAAGCGCUUGAUCAGUGCUUCUCAACCUGGGGUACAAAGUCACACAUUGUUAGGAUCGGUUUAGCCCUUUGGCUGUCUUAACUUAAACAUGGAAAGUUUUGGGGGAAUGUAUAUACAAUUAAAUAUGAUUAUGUUUGGAGGUCAACCCCAUAAUUUAAAUUUUAAAGUGUUCAUCAAUUUAAAGCUGUUUUCGGGUGGGGAAAAGUAUAAUUUCCAGCCAAAAAUCAUUCAAUUUAUUUAAAAUCAUGAUAUUGCAACACAAAUGAAAAACAGCUAUAUCUGGCAUGCAAAGUGAAAGUGUUUUUAAAAAAUGGAAUUUAAGUUAUGUAAAAAAAAAAAACCAACUAAAUUUUAUAACUAUUUCUAUUUUCUCUCAACAGUCUGUAACUGUAAGACGCAAUUAAAAUUGUCGAUGUAACUGGCAUCGAUUUCGUACUCACGAGACCCACAUGCUGAAAAUAUUCCCAAGAUGGCAACUGGAAGAUCGUGAGAUACCAGCUUUGUGAUCAACGUGGAAUCGGACAAACUGUUCAAAGAGUUUGAAAAAUGGCGCGGCCACUGGAUGGUAGCGCUUAAGGAUCUUUUGUUUGAUUUUUUUAUUUAUGUUUUCAACAGCAUUUGUAAUAAUGUGAAUCGAGAGAAAGAUGAACCUAUUUUUAAGGAAAUGUGCCCACCAUAGAUAUGUCACAUGGCAACAAUAACGAGAUUUUGAACGUUUCCUACAUCGCCCUCGACAGCACCACGUUGGCCAACAGCCUUUUCAACAGCAGCACGUUCGACAACAGUAUGUUGGACAACAGCCCUUUCAACAACAGCUGGCUCGACAACGGCUUGUCAGACGACAGGACUUUUGGCGGCAGCUGGCUCGGCAACGUCACGUUCGACGACAGCUGGUACGACAACCACACCGCGCUAGACAACGGCACGUUUGACAACAGCAGCGUCAUCAGCCCCUCGGCAAUCACCGUCUGCGGCUACGUGACGAGAAACCUCAACCGAACGGCUUCCGCCCACCUGGUGAGCGCGCUUGUCCUCGUCGAGAAGUACUUCGGCCUGCCCUUGCUCAUCUUUGGAAUCGUCACCAACAUCCUCACGCUGCUCACGCUGCAGAGCCCCAAACUCAAGGAGUCCCCGUACGUUUAUCUCACGGCCCUGACGGUCGCGGACUUGUUGGCGCUCCUGCUCAUCUUCAUCAAUCAACUCGGUCCGGUCAACUACUUCUGGAGCCUGUACACGGUCCACGUUUACUAUCCCUUGUCGAACAUCGCGGCGACGUUUGGGGCGUGGGUUAUGAUCGCCAUGACGAUGGAGAGGUGCCUCUUCGUCCAGUUUCCGCUUUGGGCGCCCGUCCGCUGUACCGUUAGCAGGGCUCGCAUUAAGACCGUCGUCAUGUUCCUCGUGAGCUGCGCCAUCAACUCACCGAGAUUUUUCUGGUACACGGUCGUAUUGUGCUCCGUAGAAGAGAACACGACCGAGGUCGUCCCGAAUAUCCAGCAGAACCUAAGCAUCGACGAUAAAGUGGUCAUCACGGUCGCUUGGUUUUACACCACGUUUUUCAACUUCGUGCCGCUUCUGGUUCUUUUCAUCCUCAACUCCUUCCUCAUCUACAAGGUGCAGACCCAGCAGCGGAGGCGCGCCAAGCUCGGCAUCCACAGGAACACGGAGACCGUCUGGACCCGCGAGCAGACGAGGCUGACCGUCACGUUCAUCGCCAUCGUGUUCCUGUUCCUCGUCCUGGUCGUCCCGUCGUCGUUCUCCGACCCGACCAUCAUGCUGCCCAUCUUCGGGCUGGACGACCUCGACCACGCCACGAUCGCCUUCCAGCACGUGACCAACAUGCUGGUCUGGGUGAACCUGUCCAUCAACUUUCUGCUGUACACGUUCAUCAACACCAAGUUCCUGCAGGCGUUCAAGACGAUGGUGUCCCGCUGGAGGCGCGUGGCGCGUCUGUGCGUGACGGUGCUCUGCAGGAGACUCCAGAGAAAGAGGAUGCGCCGACAUUUGCAGAAGCAGAGCAGUUUUGCCAUAUCGGGUCAACAAGAAACCUUCUCUUUCAACAUUGCAUCAGUAUAAUAUGUCCAACUAAAUUGGUCAUUUUUUUUUUUUUUUGGUUGUAAAACGG